AAGUGAAAGGAAAGUGUAAUAAAAUGGCGCGCAUAAUUAUAACCACAGACAUAUUAUAACUAAAAACAAAGAUUCUUCUCUCUGCAUGUCUCUGUUAAAAAUGAGAAGUGGAUAAUAUUACACAAUUAAAGAACGGGUUGAUAAAAGAUUGAUGCAAAAAUUAUAAAUAUUUUUAUAUUUUAUUACUUGAAUCUUGGUGAACAUGCCUUUAAUAAGGAAACCCAUGCGAUAUGCUCAUCAAGAAGGGCACACUGAUGUUUGCUAUUAUUCAGGCGAAAAGAGAGGUCUUAUCACUUGUGGAUGUGAUGGGGAUGUUAGAUCCUGGUUAAAUUUGAUGGAUGAUGAUCCAGCUACUAGUUGCAUCUCAGAACAAGCAAUUACUGCUAUUUCAAAAGAUGGUAAAAUUUUUGUAGGUAAUGACAAUAAUACAGUACAAAUACUUACUUAUCCUGAUUUGGAGAAGGAAGGAAUAGUUACUAGAUUUUCAGCACCAGUCUCAGCUUUAGCAACAGCAAAAGAUAGUAAUUUGAUAGUAUCUGGUGCCUGUGAUAUGCGAAUACAUGUGACAAAUGUUAAUACAUCAGACAGUACAGAACUAGAGGGUCAUACUGCACCUAUUUUAGGCUUGUCUCUAGACCCAAAGGAAGAAUUUGUGGCAUCUUCUAGUGCAGAUGGAUCUAUUCGAGUAUGGAAUAUUAAGGAAAAGCGAACUGUACAUGCUUGGAAUAAUAUUGUACCAAAAUGUAAUUCUUUUUUUACCGCUAAAUCAUAUUGCACGCCUUCUUUUAAAUGUACAGAUGGUAGUUGCCUGGCAUAUCCAUCUAACAAAGAUGUAGUUGUAGUGGAGAGAUUAUCCUGGAAGGAAUUGUGUAGAUUGAAAUCCCCUACUUUAAAGACUGAGCUUAACAUUUGCAAAUUUUCUGAAUGCGGUACACGCAUUGCCGCUAGUUCACUAUAUGGAGAGAUAAUUGUUUGGAAUAUAGAAACUAAGGAAGUGAUUGGAUAUCUCGAACAUGAACAAGAUACCAAAAUCACUGCAUUAGUAUGGCACAUAGAUCAUCCCAAUGAGAUUGCAUUCUGCGAUGCAUUGGGAAAACUGGGAUGUAUCGAUGUGAUAAGUUCUAAUAACCCUGAAAAUGAGGCAAUUAUGGAUUCAGAAAAAAAUGAAGAUGUAAUGGAAAAUGAUCUUGCUUUAUUAGGCAAUGAUGAUGAUGAUGAUGGAGAAAAUGUGAUAUCUUUAAACAAUAUUAAGGCUUCCGUCAAUUUAGAAGACGAUCAAAAAAGCCAUUCUGAUGCAAGCUCUGAAAAACUUCCAUACAAUACUAAAGCUCUUAUGCCCAAUGUAAAAUUGCAAUCACCUUUCCAACCAGGAUCAACACCUUCUCAUUUAUUAUCGUAUUUCAUGAUGUGGAAUGAUGUGGGAAUGGUUAGAUGUUUUACAUCAGAGGAUGAGGAAAACUCCAGUAUCGAGGUGGAGUUUCAUGAUACUGCGGUUCAUCGUAGUAUGCAUAUAAAUAAUUAUUUACGGCAUUCUAUAGCUGCCCUAUCCACUCAAGCACUUGCUCUAAGUUGCCCAGCUUCUGAUAAUGGCCCUAGUAAAAUUGUUGUGAUAGUUUUGCAAGGUUGGGGUUCUGGAAAUAAAGAGUGGUCUCUGGAUCUGCCAGAAGGGGAAGAAAGCGAAUGUCUAGCAGCUGGUGAUAAUUUUGUGGCGAUAGCAACAUCUAGAAGAAAUUUAAGAAUAUUUAUGAUAGGAGGAACACAACGUGAAAUUAUAGCUUUGCCUGGACCUGUAGUUGCAAUGAAUGGUUUAGGAAAUCGUCUUUUGGUAGCUUAUCAUGCUGGAAUUGGUCCGGCAGGUGAUCAGAAUAUAAAUCUAUUAUGGAUACAAAUACAGGGAGCACAUUUGCGCAGUCAAACUUUAACAGUUCCACUUUCGCCAACAUCGGAUCUCAUGUGGUUGGGACUAUCAGAUGCUCAUUCUCCCAUUAUAAUGGAUUCCGAUGAUAUUGUCAGAAUAUACAAUAAGAGAUCUUGUCAAUGGAGAGUGCUCUGUGAUACAAAUAUACAGGAUAAGGGUAAAGCAGAUCAUUAUUUCGUAAUCGGGGUGAGUGAACGAGAACGAAAUAUGCGGUGUAUCCUCUGCAAAGGUAGUUAUUAUCCACCGACAAUUCCGCUGCCAAUAAUCACCGAGGUAUCUUUUUCUGCACCUCUUUGUGAACCAGAAUCUGAGAAGACUAAGGAAGAACGUAAAUUGUGGGAGAUAGGAAGCAAUCCGUCAGAUGAAGCUGAAGCACUAUUAACUCUAAUAGCACUUGCCUGCAGGAGCAAUUUGGAAUAUCGCGCAGUGGACAUUUGCGAACAAAUUGCAUCAACAAAAGUGAUAGAUUUAGCCAUACGGUAUGCUCUGCGUGUGUCUAAAACAGCAUUGGCAAAGAAAUUGGAAACGAUUGCUGAUGCAAAAUCUGAUUCUAAGGAUUCAAAAGAAGAAGAAGAAGAGAUGGAAAAUCACCAAGACAAUUUUACAAGCAAUGGUGAUUUUAGUAUUAAUAAUCAAGAGGACAAUGAGGUGCUUUUACCAUCUAUUAAAAAACCCGAGGUAGAGAUUAAGCCACUAGCCAUGAGUCAAACAUUUAAAAGAGUGAAUCCAUUUUUAAAAGCCGGAAAUUCGUCUUUAUCACCAAGAGGUUUAGCUGGUUUGAACAGCUUACCAGAAAAACCCCAGAAAUCUGUAAAAACUGUGCCUGUUAAACCAAAAUCAAAGACUGAACCUAGGAAAGAGUCAUUUGUUACUUGGUACGCCAAACAUAGAAAAGAUCUGCAGGAAGAAUUUCCUGAAGUAAAUGUCGUCGAAUUAACUAAAAUUGGUUUAACACGGUACAAAGAGACGACAUCGAAAUCGGAUAACGCGGAUAACGUGGUUGAAUCUUCAGAACUCAACAAGAAACGGAAAUUAUCGAGUCUCAUACCACUGGACCCUAUUCAAGAGGCCAUGGGUUCUAUGGGCCCGUGGCACAUUGUGAUUGUGGUGGCACUCUCUCUCGUCAAAUUUCCAGUAGCUUGGCAUCAACUUUCCAUCGUAUUUCUUGCACCACCUACCAAUUUUUCAUGCGUUGCGCCGUUAUCAGUGACUAAUGACGUGAUAAUGAAAUGUGAAAUUGAUGUCGGGAACGGUACUAUAGAAAAAUGCACAGGUUUCAAAUACGAUAAACAUACUUUUCGAGAGAGCAUUAUAACACAGUGGAAUUUAGUAUGUGAUAGAGAACAACUGGCAAAUUUUGCACAAUCUUGCACAAUGUUCGGUGUCCUUAUUGGCAAUUUAAUUUUUAGUAUAAUGGCCGACAGAAUUGGACGAAAGAAACCAUUGAUGAUUGCACUCGCGUUGCAAUCGGUAACUGGAUUUGCGAGUGCAUUCGCACCAUGGUACGAAUUAUUUUUAGUACUGAAAUUCAUAUGUGCUGUAGCUACUGGUGGAACGAUGCUCGUUGGUUUUGUUAUACUUAUGGAGAUUGUUGGAAUUGAAUGGCGGUCGAUCAUGUCGGUUCUGUUCCACGUGCCGUUUCUACUUGGACACUUAAUGAAUCCCUUAAUAUCUUACUUGACACGCACAUGGUCUCGUUUUCAAAUGGCUGUCUCGAUACCAUCAAUUUUUUUACUGACGUAUUAUUGGAUUAUUCCAGAAUCACCGAGAUGGUUACUGGCCAUGGGCAAGCCGAGACAAGCAGAACGGAUUUUGCUGAAAGCUGCCGGACGAAACAAGAUACCGGUGGAGAAUGUGAAACUAGCCCUUGAAACUCAUGAGAGCCAAGCAGCAAUUCGAGCCACGAAAAGCAAGGAAAAAUAUAAUAUCACGCAUUUAUUUAGAACUCCGAAUCUGAGGCUGAAGACUAUAUGCGUGAGCUUCAACUGGUUCGUUUGCGGUAUCUGUUUCUUCGGAUUAGCGCAAUAUAUGGGUCAUCUCGACGGCGAUAUAUUUAUCAAUGUUGCAGUUUCUGCUGCCAUGGAACUACCUGGGACUGUGAUAGUUCUGUUUCUGAUAUCACGAGUUUCUCGUUUAAAAAUCUUGAUAGGAGGACAUAUCUUGUCCGGUAUUAGCUUACUUUUGAUAACUCUGAUCACCAAUGCAAGCGCCCGGAUAUUUUUAGCCUCGCUAGGCCUUGUGGGUAUGGCAAUCAGUUUUCCUACGAUAUAUUUGUACAGCGGUGAAGUAUUUCCGACUGUCGUGAGAAAUAUUGGCAUUGGCUUGGGAAGUAUUUCCGCCAGGAUUGGCAGUAUAAUCGCACCGUACAUUGCCACAAUGGGAACUAUUCAACCUUGGCUGCCUCCGGUAAUAUUCGCCAUAGGACCAAUACUAGGCGCUGUACUCUGUUUACUCUUACCAGAAACGAUGAACUGCGAAUUACCAGAAACAAUAGAAGAUGGCGAAAACUUCGGAAAAAAAAAACCUAAAGCAAGUACAUCGACGUAAUUCAAUGCAAAAUAUGCAUUGAAUUGUACAAUAAUUGUUAUAACUGUAAUUCGAAUAUCAUACACAGAAAUAUAACAAUGUUAUUCAGUUCAA